AUGGCAAACGGCAAGUCCAAUAUGCUACGCAUGCUCUUUUGCUUCGUGCACCUGCUACUUUUCGCCAGAGUUCAGGCUGUCACCAACACCACACUCUCAUGCUGUGCACAGCUCCACCGUCAACUCCCUCAAAAGCUCUUCGCGUACAAUGAUCACAUGAUCCCGCGGUGGUCAAAGACCGCCGACCUCACUCCAAGGUGCUCCUUCUUUCCGACAGAUGCAGAAGAAGUGUCAGUGGCGCUUCGCAUCUUGGCCAACUCAGCAUGUCCAUUUUCGAUCAAGUCGGGUGGUCACUCGCCAUGGCCCGGCAUGAACAGUAUCGACGAUGGAGUUGCUCUCGAUCUGGGCUGGAUCAACCAGACGACGCUGGCGAACGACCGCUCGCAUGUUGUGCUGGGUGCAGGAGGAACGUGGGGAAAUGCGUACGCAAAGCUGGAGCCAUAUGGAGUGCUGUUCCCAGGGGGCCGCGCCAGUGAAGUUGGGAUUGGAGGGCUCACACUCGGUGGAGGCUACUCCUGGACUACACCGCGCACUGGCUUCGUUGCGGACAACGUGAUCAGCUAUGAGAUUGUCUUAGCCACUGGCAGCAUUGUCAUUGCCAACGCGACUUCCAACGACGAUCUGUUCAUGGCACUAAAGGGCGGUGGCAACAACUUCGGCGUUCUGACGCGCAUUUGGCUCCAAUGCUUCGAAAAUCACGCUCUCUGGGGUGGCGUUGCUGCUGUGGAUGUCACGCGAACCAUCGGCAGCUUCCUUGUCAAUACCGCGAGCGAUCACGAGUCUACUCUACAUCGGCCAUUCAUGGACAUGAGUCCACGGCUACGGAACACGCUCAAGAAGAAGACUAUGGCUGAGCUCAGCGAGGAGCUGUCGGCGGCAUGGCCAGUAGGGCAGAGGUAUCUCACCACCUCAGUGGGCAUCAUCAACGACCGUGAAAUGCUUCAAAACGUCCAACUGUCGAUGGAAUCCUUCUACCGCUCGACCUCGAACGCAAUCUACCCGUCGACAUUCCAGUGCACUUUCGUCUACGAACCGCUUCCUCACUUCUACACCGCGCAAGGCGAGCUGCAGAGUGGCAACAUGCUCGGUCUGAACAACACCAGCGACGACUACGUCAUCGUCCUACUCCAACCCCGCUGGGAAGAUGCGAACGUCGACCUGACUAUGUAUCAUGAGGCGGAGCAGUGGGUGAAGAACCUCCGCAACACUUAUCCGGACAAGGUCAUGCCGUUGGAGUACUUGCCUUAUGCUGCGCCGUGGCAGGACCCGCUGGGAAGUUAUGGUGAGCAGAGUUUGGAGUUCAUGCGGAAGGUCGGUGAGAAGUAUGAUCCGGAUCGUGUCUUUCAGAAGCUCGUACCUGGGGGCUUCAAGCUCGAUAAGACAGGAGGCGGUGCUGCUUGA